ACCGCUCACAAGCCCUAUCUCCGAAGUCCGAAAAUAGAAACCAGUCCUCGAUAAUAACAUAGCAAAUCAUUGUCUUCUUCCCCCAACACCAGCCCUCCUCCUCCAAUCCAAUACACACAAAUGCAGACCUGGGUUUGAUCCAUUUACCAAUGGAAGCCCUCCCAUCAAUACAAACCCAGCGUCUUCUCAUCAAGGACAACCCACUCAACGCUUCCCAGCAGAGACAUGCCCAAAAUGUUCAGACCCCAACGAAGGUCGCUGUGGCACACCAAGUGUUCGACGGAAUGCCCCAGUCAGACACCUACGCUUGGAAUAAGCUUAUCCAAACCCAUAUCGCCAACAAUGACUUCCACCACGCCAUCUCUACUUACCACCAAAUGCUCCACCGCGGUGUUCGCCCAGAUAGGCACACUCUGCCUCGUGCAUUAUCCGCUUCCCGCCUCUCGGCUGAUCUAUCUCUCGGCAAACAACUCCAUUGCCAUGCUUUGAAAUUCGGUUGCUCCAAUGACAGGUAUGUAAUUGCUGCUCUCAUUGAGCUUUAUGGGCGUCUUCAGAGCGUUGACACGGCGAAAUGGGUGUAUGAGAAGUCCAAUGUGAGGGAUUUGGUGUCAUGGACUAUGAUUGCUAGGUUGUACAUUGCGGAAGGUAAGCCAAGAAUGGCGCUUGAUAUGUUCGAUGGAAUGGUUGAGUCUGGAGCUGAGAUAGAUGCCGUGGCACUGGCGACGGCUGCUGGAGCUUGUGGCUUGUUGAAAUCGAUGACGGAUGGAAUGAAAGUCCACCGGGUUGCAAAAGAGCGGGGGUUGGAGUUUGAUGUGUUGGUGAGCAAUAGCCUCUCGAAAAUGUACAUUGAUUGUGGCUGUGUAGAGGAUGCUCGGGCGAUUUUCGAUCAGAGGCCUGCAAAAGAUGUCAUUUCGUGGACAGAGAUGAUUCGUGUCUAUGUGAAGAAGGGAGGUUUCAAUGAGGGUCUUAAAUUGUUUCGGCAGAUGAUUGCAGAUGGACUGAAACCGGAUCAACUCUCGGUAUCUAGCGUCCUCCCAGCCUGUGCAAGAGUGUCCGCCAAUAAACAAGGUAAAGAAAUUCAUGGAUACUUGCUUCGAAAUGGAAUCCAUAUGAAUCUCACUGUCCAGAAUGCUUUUAUGGACAUGUAUAUCAAAUCAGGAUUUAUUGAAUGUGCUUCGAAAUUUUUUGCCGGGUUGAAGCACAAAGAUGUUAUUUCAUGUACUGUGAUGAUAUUAGGGUACAGCUUACAUGGACAAGGACACCUUGGAGUUGAUUUGUUCCGCCAAAUAGAGAAAGACUCGAGCAUAAAGAUUGAUGAAUUAACAUAUGCUGCUGUACUUCAUGCUUGUGUUGCUGCACGAAUGGUUGAGGAAGGGAAGUUUUACUUCAACUGUAUAAAGACACCUACAGUUGCACACUGUGCUUUGUUAGUAGCUCUUUUAUCUCAUUCUGGACUCUUUGAUGAGGCAAGGAACUUCAUAUCAGAGAAAAGAAUUGAAGGACAUGCUGAGGUACUGAGAGCACUGCUAGAUGGCUGUAGGAUUCAUAAGCAAUUGAUAUUAGGUAAGCGGCUCGCUGAGCAGCUCUGUGAUUUGGAACCUCUUAAUCCCGAUAAUUAUGUGUUACUCUCCAAUCUGUAUGCUGACAAUGCAAAAUGGGACAUGGUCUUUGCACUCAGAGGAAUGAUUACUGACAUGGGUCUGAAACCGAGGGAAGCUUGUUCUUGGAUAGAAUUCAGAAACAAAAUUCAUGUGUUUGGGACGAGAGAUGCAGCUCACCCAAGAUCAGAGAGACUAUACUGGGAGCUGCAGUGUCUGACAAAGAAAAUGGAAGAUGAAGAUAUCAGACUUGAUUUGGAUUAUAGUCUCCAUGAUGUAUAUGAAGAACGGGAGUGCAUUCAAAUUGGACACAGUGAGAUGUUGGCAAUUUCUUUUGGUCUCAUCAGUACACUAGCUGGAACAACAAUACGUGUAACUAAGAACCUCCGGGUGUGCCGCAAUUGCCAUGCUUCUGCAAAAGCUAUAUCCAAGAUGGUAGGACGAGAAAUCAUACUCAAGGACCCAAAUUGUUUCCACCAUUUUAAGGAUGGAUAUUGUUCAUGUGGUGAUUUUUGGUGAUUUAAUUAGCUGUCUGUACGGAUUCUUGAACUGCUGAGGCAGUGAGGCUAAUGAGCCGGGGCAGUUUCAGAUUCUGAUGCUGUGUGAAUUAGAAGUUAGAACAGAGCAUCGCAUCAUGAUAGUUAGAAACAUGGGCAUUGCCAUGAAUUCAUGUCACCAGGAAAAAAAAUGAAGAGCACAACCGGAGCACGAUGAAGCUGUAAGAUAAGCCUUUGGGGUUAGCAAUAGUAGUGAGAAGGGUAGAGAAAGAGGCGGAUUAGGAUACGUUGAGAGCUCAAUCGCUAAGUACCAGAAGUAACAUGCUUUCGCAUCUCAGUUUUUAUUGAUCAUAUGAACCUUCCCAAUAAAAUUGUAUAUCACAUUCUUUCUUUCUAAGUUGUGUAUGUCUUCAGGAUUCACAAUAUUAUGGGAUUACAUUAUUCCUUUCUCUGGGA